AUGACUAAACAAAUAAACCCGUAGCUUUGUUGCUAUAACCGGUAACAGUGCUGUAAGUGGGUGUUUUCUAACGUGCCAGCUGUCAGCUGUUGAUUUAGUUUAGUUGUAAAUAACGUUGUUUUCGUUUUGGCAUUCUUGAAAGUUAUCUAUGAUGAUCAUUUGUGUUGACCUGUUGAAGGAUAAAGUUCAACUGUUGAAAGAUUAAACCACCGCAUCAUUCAAAGAUCACUGGAAGGUUCAGAGUCCAACCCAGCGUACAAGUCAGAUAUACCCUGUGUUUGGUAAUUAAGUUUUACUCGAGUGUAAAAUAUCUCAAUAUAAACCCAGUCUAGCCUCAGACCGACACCCUCACUUUAGUGCACUGCCUCAAACACGGGUAUGUGGUGACGGGUAUGUGGGCGAUUGUGGCUAAUGCUAUGAGACAAGCUACACGUGGUAUUACUACACGUGGUGUUCGCCAUGAACCCCAAGUACCUGACCGUAAUGAUAGUGGGAGUAUCCAAUCUGAUGGAAUGUCCGAGGCAUCUGCUAGAUCACUACCAUAUUCAAGGAUGAGCAACGGGAGUAAGAGUAUAUCGGCUGUUUCAUUGCGAGAUCUGGUUUUUUCUUAUGAUCAUGCAGGAGGAUCACCUCCAGAAAACAGUGGGGAAGCUCCUAAGAUAAAUUCCAGAAAAGUUCACGUGAAAAAUUCCGAGAAAGUUCUAUCGGAAGAGAACGGGAGAGGUCCACCAAAAAAUGGACGCAUGGUUUUUGUGAUGGAAGACCAAGAUAAAAACAAUCCCUGCGACUCGUCAAAAGAUGAUUUCAUCUCACACGAUAAGGUUAAAUCACGUGAUAAUGUACAUACCCUUUCUGUGGAGACUCCUAAACUUCAAGGGGCUACAGAGAAGAAGUUGAGCAAAAGGGAGGAAGCUAAGGGAAAGGAGAAAACCGAUAAAUUCCACACCGCAAAAUCAUCUCACGGCAGAGACAGAUCUGGGUCAGAUAAGAGAAGAGAUAAGCGGAGAUACCGUGAUAAAGACAGGUCAGACGAGUCGGGUAAGCCCGUGAAGAACACAGAAGAAGGACAUCUCAUCUUCAAGAAAUGUGAUAUGCUGCAUGAGAGAUACCAGAUCAAGCGGGAGCUGGGGGAAGGGACGUUUGGGAAAGUUGUUUUGUGCAAAGAUAAGGAUAAAUCAGACUCCCGAGUGGCGGUAAAAGUAAUCAGAAACGUUGAGAAGUACCGUGAUGCUGCACAGAUAGAAAUAGACAUCCUGGAGAAGAUACGAAAAGCAGGAGGCUGCGAGGGAUCAGUCGAGAUGUUUGCCUCGUUCAACCACCACGGCCACGUUUGCAUUGUUUUUGAGGUGCUGGGUGUGAGUAUAUUCGACUUUCUAAAGGACAACGGUUUCACUCCCUUUCCCUUGGGGCAUAUACAGAGGAUGGCAGACGACGUUCUCACAGCCCUCUCGUUCCUUCAUGGAAUGAAGUACACGCACACUGACCUCAAGCCUGAAAACAUUUUGUUUGUCGAGAGUGAAUACGAGAGUGUUUAUGAUAAACACGCUGGUUUAACGGUCAGACGCGUGAUAAACCCUCGAGUUAAGCUUAUAGAUUUUGGCAGCGCGACCCACGAAGGGGAACAUCACAGUAGAAUAGUCAGCACGCGUCAUUACCGGGCUCCAGAGGUGAUAGCUGAAAUUGGCUGGAGUUACCCUUGUGACUUGUGGAGUGUAGGGUGUAUACUGUUUGAACUUUACACAGGGCACACAAUGUUUCAAACUCACGAUAACGCAGAACACCUCGGAAUGAUGGAACACAUUUUGGGUACAAUUCCUGCCUCUAUUUGUCAGAAAAGUAAAAAAAGAUAUUUCAAGGACGACAGGUUAGAUUUUGAUAAAAGCGGAUCCUCCGGGCGGUACAUAAAGAAGUACUGCAAAAAGUUCGAUAAAUACCAGAGAGAAGAAUCCACCGCACAUGACGCCUUUUUCGAUCUGCUGAGAGGAAUGCUGAAAUACACCGCAGCGGACAGACUCUCUGCUUCAGACAGCUUAGAACACCGGUUCUUUGACAGACGGUUAUCUCGAGACCGCUGCAGUAGGAGUUACAAGAGCAGAUAACGAAAACUCUGUCUUAACUCUAUCGACUAUCUCUCAACAAAACUUAGUCUCAACUUUGCCUGAAAUGAUGGUCGAGUGCGGCGGCGAGAUUUUAUAGCACGGUUUUUAAGAUGUAUAAGUGGCCAGAAGCAUAACGCGAGUUGGCAGUUCUAGUUGGAACUGAUUGCGGGUUUGAUAGUGCCAUGGGAAAACGGAGAUGUUUGGUGAUGUGUAACGGAACACCUAACGUUGUCACUUAAAGCAUUUGUUUUGAUAUAACAUAUAUUGAAUAUUGGUGGUAAUAUUGACCAGUUUUUAUUAUGUUAGAGUAAUAUUAAGUAGAGUGAGUCAAGUAGAUAUGAUCAGUUUUUAUCAUGUGAAUACAUUAAGUACGUGGGAAAAUGAGGCAGUUGCUUAAUCACCUCAUCUUUACAAACCUUACCUUAUUUUUACAAACAUACCGAUAUUGGAUUGCACCAAAAACACUAUAACAUAGCCGAGAACAUUAUAUUAGUCGAUUUCUGCGCACUGUUUUUUGGUAUUAUCAAUUAUACAAUAUCUUGUGUGUGUAUUUCAAGUAGUUGAUAUAAUAAGUGCGCAGUAAUUUUGAUUUUGCAAAAACAGAGAUCAAAGGAGCGGAUUUAAUCCAAGAGUUGGACUUUUGUCUGGUCUAACGUUCUAUAAAUAUUAUUUACACGAUUAUUUUCUACCGCACCGGGUUAAUAAGUGUACGGUUCAAUGUAUGAAUAUGCCAAACAUUGUUCGGGCUCGGCGAACACGUAUCGGUAAUCGGUAUAUUAGUAUAACGAGUUACCAAUAGGUUUGUUAUGUAUGUAAAUAAGGUUUCUGGAAGAUUUAAUUUAAAAAAUCAAGACAUUAUUGAGAAUAACUGUGGGUGAUUUGACUAAUUACAUGUAUGAUGAAAUAAUUCAUUCGACAUUUUGAUGCAAAUAAUGACCCAUCGGAAGAGAGAUAGAGUAAGGGUACUGGCUUUUCCAACAAAUAUGUAAAAAGUUUUACAAUGACUUUGAUAUAGUUCGAAUUCUAAUACCACCAGUAAUGUCAACACUGACUCUAUGUUAUAGUUACAUUAAAUAGUAAAUUCUGUUUUGUUUGUGAUAUGAUGACUUAUAUUUAUUGUUGGUCUUUCUUAUUCUUAGUUUUUAAUACUAA